AGGAUAUCCUCUUCAUCAUCUCCAGCCCACCUCACACCACCUGACCCCUCUGCUGGCAAGAGGGGCCUUGAUUCAUCUUCAACUCCAUACUCAUCCCAUGCAACCGAUUAAAACAGAGCAGAAGAAACACUGAAACCCCUUUGCCUCAGAACUUCAAAAGUGAAUGAGCAAUUCCUCUCAGCUGACUCAAAAUGUUUGUCUCACCCGGAAGAUGGAGCUCCCGAAGGCCUUUUCUGACCUAUGGACAUGCCUAUCUGCCUUCCUCAACAUGCUAUCACGCAGCCUUUCCACAGCAUCCCUGCUCAGCAACUACUGGUUUGUGGGCAUACAGAAGGUGCCCGAGCCCCUGUGCGGGAAAGGUCUGCCAGCCGAGUGCUUUGAUGUGCCAGUGCGCUUGGAUGGGAGCAGCACAAAUGUAUCAUCUCUGGAGGUGGUGCAGUACAGCUGGGAGACUGGGGAUGACCGCUCCACCUCCCAUGCCUUCGGGAGUGGCAUGUGGCUCUCCUAUGAGGAAAUCGUGCAAGACCCAGGGGAGAGGUGCCGAAGUUUCCUUGAACUCACACCACCAACCGAGAGAGGUGAGAAAGGAUUACUGGAAUCUGCCACGUUGCAAGACCCAUGUCACCCCUCUCUCCGAUUUGGAGGGAAGCGGUUGAUGGAGAAGGCUUUUGUCCCCCACCUUCCCUUGGGGCUUGGGGCAAAGAUCCUACGGCUAUCACUGGGAGUCCGAUUCGCCUCCAUCGGACUGGGACUCAUCAGCUUCCUCCUCCUACUGAUGGACUUGCUAUUCACGGGGCACCCCGGCUGUGGCCUCAGGCUGAGCACCUUCACCGCCAUCUUCUCCGUCUUGUCAGGCCUUCUGGGGAUGGUGGGCCAUAUGAUGUAGUCACAAGUCUUCCAAGCAACGGCCAACUUGGGUCCAGAACACUGGAGGCCCCAUGCUUGGAAUUACGGCCGGGUCUUUUACACGGCCUGGGUUUCCUUCACCUGCUGCAUGGCGUCAGCUGUCACCACCUUCAACACAUACACCCGGCUGGUGCUGGAGUUCAAGUGCAAGCACAGUAAAAGCUUCAGAGGAGCCCCGAGCUGCCUACUGCAUCACCACCUAUGUUUCCUCCAGGAGCUGGCGUGCACAGCCCACCAGGGGCCUUUGACCAGCCACCCCCAGUACCACCAUCAGCCCGUCCGCUCCGUCUCCGGAGGAGUGGACUUCUCCUCAGAGCUACACAAGGAAUUUCAACAUGGGACCAGCUGGGAGCCUCAGGAAGAGGCGGCCGGGUCAUCUGUAGAGGAAGAACAGUGUUGGGAGUUAUGGAUUUGCAGAGCAGGCUGAGCCCUGCCUUAAACGUGUUGCUUUGUCAUCAACACGUGCUUAAGCCAAAGUCUGUUUCUUGAGCGU